UUCAGCUUUCCUUGCUCCAGUCCAUCCCUACCACCCUCUCACCGUCCUUCUCCCACCCGCAAAAACCACCAUGAAGUUGUUCCAGGACGCUAUCACCGAUGACGAGAUGUUCUCGGACGCCUUCCCCAUCAAGGAGGUCGACGGCAUCGUCUACGAGGUCGACUGCCAGCUGAUUACCGUUAAGGCUGGCGCGGACGUCGACAUCGGCGCCAACCCCUCCGCCGAGGAGCAGGACGAGGACGUCGACGACGGUGCCCAGCAGGUCAACAACGUCGUCUACUCCUUCCGCCUCCAGUCGACAUCGUUCGACAAGAAGUCUUACCUCACCUACCUCAAGAGCUACAUGAAGGCCGUCAAGAGUUACCUCCAGGAGAAGGGCACGGAUGAGGCCGAGAUCAAUGCGUUCGAGAAGGGCGCACAAAACUUCGCGAAGAAGAUUGUCGCCAACUUCAAGGACUACGAGUUCUACACUGGCGAGAACAUGAACCCCGACGGCAUGGUCGCCCUCCUCAACUACCGGGAGGACGGUAUCACCCCCUAUUUCACCUUCUGGAAGCACGGUCUCAAAGAGAUCAAGCUCUGAAGCUUUGUUUCACCUGUCGUCUACCGGAUCUUACGUUCUCUUUUUAUCGCGCAUUGGUGUAUUAGUUGGCCGUUGUGUAGGAAGAGAAGCAUAACAUCAUUUGUAUCCUCAGAUAACAUCGCCGUAGCAGCAAUGCACUCAC